CUGAAUGAUUUCUAGGAGCAGCUAAUGCUAGCUUGAUGCUGAAGGUUUUGCAUCUAAACUGCAUUCAGAGGUGUAGCUCUGUUUUCAAGUCGCUGCCAUGAAUUAAGCUUGAACUAUUGAAGCCCAUUCCCUUUAACGUCUCGUGCCUGGUUGGAGAGAGUGAGAGGUAUCAGGCAUGUAUGCCUCCGGGAAAUACAGCUCGCGGGGGCCUGCUCUUAUCCCUCGGAUGAAAACCAAGCACCGUAUUUAUUACAUCACCCUCUUCUCUGUGGUGCUGCUUGGACUCAUUGCCACCGGGAUGUUUCAGUUCUGGCCUCACUCCAUCGAGUCUGCAGCCGACUGGACCCUUGACAAACGCAGCGUCCACGACGCCCCUCUGGUCCACCUGCCUGUCUCCAGUCCCAUUCCUGAGAGGGGGGACCUCAGCUGCCGCAUGCACACAUGUUUUGAUGUGUACAGAUGUGGCUACAAUCCUAAAAACAGAAUCAAGGUCUACAUCUACCCUCUGCAGAAGUUUGUGGAUGAAUUAGGAGUUCCCAUCAGCAGCACCGGACUGUCUCGGGAAUACAAUGACCUGCUCAGCGCAAUCUCUGACAGUGACUUUUACACAGAUGAUGUCACCAGGGCUUGUCUUUUUAUCCCUUCCAUUGAUGUGCUGAAUCAGAACUCCCUGCGAAUCAGAGAGACUGCUCAGGCUCUAUCAAUGCUACCCAGAUGGGACAAAGGGAUGAAUCACCUCCUCUUUAACAUGUUACCCGGGGGCCCUCCGGACUACAACACUGCCUUGGAUGUUCCCAGAGACAGAGCGCUACUGGCUGGAGGCGGUUUCUCUACAUGGACCUACAGACAAGGUUAUGAUGUCAGCAUCCCGGUUUACAGCCCCCUCUCUGCAGAUGUUGAGCUGCCUGAGCGACAGCCUGGGCCAAGGCGCUACUUCAUCUUAUCUUCUCAAACUGCCAUCCAUCGAGAGUACCGUGCUGAGCUUGAGCGCUUGAAAGAAGAAAACGGAGAGGCGUUGCUCCUGUUGGACAAGUGUAGCAACCUCUCCCAGGGUGCUGCCUCUGCACGAAAGCGCUGCUACAAAGGGCAGGUGUAUGACUACCCUCAGAUCCUGCAGGAGUCUUCAUUCUGUGUGGUUUUGCGAGGGGCACGUUUAGGUCAGGCUGCACUCAGUGACGUCCUACAGGCCGGCUGUGUCCCCGUCGUCCUUGCUGACUCCUACAUUCUGCCAUUCUCUGAAGUCCUAGACUGGAAAAGGGCAUCUGUGGUGAUUCCAGAGGAGAAGCUCUCCGAGAUGUACACCAUCCUCAAGAGUAUUCCUCACAGACAAGUGGAAGAGAUGCAGAGACAGGCACGCUGGUUCUGGGAGGCCUACUUCAGCUCCAUGAAGGCUAUUGGCUUGACAACCCUCCAGAUCAUCAACGACCGCAUCUACCCAUACGCUGCACGCACCUACGAACAGUGGAACAACCCGCCUGUGGUGAAGUGGACCAGUGUGAACAGCCCCCUGUUCCUCCCACUCAUACCGCCACGAGCACCGGGGUUCACUGCUGUGGUGCUGACCUAUGAUCGUGUUGAAAGUCUCUUCCGUGUUAUCACAGAAAUCUCCAAGGUGCCCAGCUUGGCUAAGCUCCUGGUUGUGUGGAAUAACCAGAACAAGAGUCCUCCAGAGGAGACUCUUUGGCCGAAGAUCAGCGUUCCCCUCAAAGUCGUGCGGACCAAAGAGAACAAGCUGAGUAACCGCUUCUUCCCCUACGACGAGAUCGAAACAGAGGCUGUGCUUGCGAUCGACGAUGACAUCAUCAUGCUGACAUCUGAUGAGCUACAGUUUGGCUAUGAGGUGUGGAGGGAGUUCCCAGACAGACUGGUGGGCUACCCAGGCCGCUUGCAUCUCUGGGACCAUGAAAUGGGGAAGUGGAAGUACGAGUCUGAGUGGACCAAUGAGGUCUCCAUGGUCCUCACAGGAGCUGCCUUCUACCACAAGUACUUCAACUACUUGUACACGUACAAGAUGCCAGGAGACAUCAAGAACUGGGUGGACGCUCACAUGAACUGUGAAGACAUUGCCAUGAACUUCCUGGUUGCUAACAUCACAGGCAAAGCUCCCAUAAAGGUGACCCCUCGGAAAAAGUUCAAGUGCCCUGAGUGCACUGCCAUCGAUGGACUGUCGCUGGAUCAGACACACAUGGUGGAGAGAUCCGAGUGCAUCAACAAGUUUGCAUCAGUGUUCGGCACCAUGCCACUGAAGGUGGUGGAACACCGUGCAGACCCAGUCCUCUACAAAGACGACUUCCCAGAGAAGCUCAAGAGUUUCCCCAACAUCGGCAGCCUCUGACCAGCCGGUACCCGAUGCUGCGACCUCAACACAGCCUCAAUACUCAAUCAUUUGCCAACACCGUUAUCUUUUAUAUCGUGACAUCAAUGUUCAGCGUAAAAUAGAUGUUCCUUUUUCUUCACAGCUCAGUUUUUUUACUCAUUCAAAGUGAAUUUUAGCAUCUUCAGUUAAAGAGAACACUGAAACGUGGGGGUGUUGGAAAGUGUAAUGAGAGAGGUUUGUUUAUUGAGUUUAGAGUAAAAGAUAUAUCAGAUAUUUAUACUAAUGUAUAGAGUAAUGUUACAUAAACUUCUAUUGGGGGGUCACCCUGAGUGUGAUGACUGACUGGAGGCGUGUGCUCCCUCACUGUCACUGUUUUGGAGCUGAAACUUCAGGUUCCAGCUGCUCUGGAAUCACCUUCUACAGUGUACAUAUUUGUAUUAUGCAGCAGUGCUGUAUAAUAGUCAUAACUAUGAUGCUCCAGCUCUUCUUUUCUUUUCCUUCUGUUUCUGUUCACAAACUGACAUGGACCUUAUCUUUAUCUGUAAUGUAAUAAAAGUAAUACAUGUUUAAUUUACAUGAUAUAGAGUAAAUGAUCCAAUGACAUACCUAAGUGUGUAGGAUCAAUCUAACAGUUAAGUGGAUGUGACAGCACACAGCAUGGUGGCUCACAGAUGAUGUACAGUUCAUGUUUCACAUAUGUUUUCUUUUACACAAUCAGAUUGGGCCGUAAGACAAAGCUGGUACAACAAAUCUAAUAUAUUUAGAGUGAGUAACUGCUGAUUUUAAAGUAUUGAUGCUGAGCUACUGGAACAUCUUGAAAUGUAAUUUUAUACCGCCUGAGCAAUCCUCUCAUUAUAUUUAUAUAUGAUAUAUAUCAUAUUGUAUAGUACUAAUAGACACUACCCGAACACACACAUUUCAAAACAGAUGUGUAUAAACUGUUGAUUCUUCGCCUCUUUUUUUUUAAAGUUGUGUUUUCCAUUAUAGUUGUGUGUGCUCAUAUUUUUGUUCCUUUCAUCACUUCCUGUCCUCUCCCAACGUUCAGGCUCCAGCAUUGAGCGGUGAAUUCUUCUUUUUUUAAUUUGCCUUUUUUAUUAUUUCUAUAAAGUCAUUGAAAUUGUUUUAAAUUUUUGGACUGAGUUUAUGUAUCUGAGUGUAUAUAUGACUUUGAUAAAUAAAGACCACAUUAAUGUGUCUCACAA